GUCUCCGCAACAUCACGUCCCACCACUUGAGCAGAGUGACAUUGCGGGGUUGCCUGGAAGUCCUUUUUCUCUGCAUCUUUCCUGGUCUGGCUUUAAUCUUCUCCCUUCUCUGUCUCACGGGUUGCGUCACUGAUGUAGCGCGGACCCCUGACUUUUUUGUUGUCUCCCUGGCGGAGAACAUCAACACUACGGACGAGAUCACCAUCCAGGUCGGCUAUUUUGGAAUGUGCCUCCGCGUUCCCUCGGCCGGCCCAAUCUGUAAAUCCACGGCCUUCCUGCCCAAGAACCAGCUCUCGGCCGCCUUCCUACCCUCCCCCGUCGGAAACCUCACCAACACGACCGCCGCCCCCAUUCUACAAGCCGCUCGCACCUUGCAGGAAGACAAGAUCCUGGCGCCAUUCCUGCUCGCCCCCGUGGUCCUCCUCGCAGCAACCUGCGCCUUGUCCUCUUGGUACCAGAAAGCACCCCACAACAAGAUACCACGCUACGGCCUGGCCAUUUCUGCCUGGGCCGCGGCGGCGGCCGCCUCCCUCUCGUCCGCCGCCACCACCCAGGCCGGCGCCGCGCUCGCCUACGCCGCCGCCGGCAUCCACGGCCUCGCCGUCGCGGCUCCGUCCUCCCUGGACGACGACGGGGCCGUGUCGUCGGCGCCGCCGGCCGCGUUCGCGUCGCGGCUCGUCACCCGCGGCGCCCCGCUCGAGGGGCUGCAGUGGGCUGCGGCGGGGUUCCAGGUCUUGACCGCGGGCUACGCCAUGGCCAUGAUCUACUCCGCCAGGUUCGGGCGCAAGGACGGCCCUAAGCAGGUGUCGGCGCCCGUCAUCAACCGCUAUUAUGAACAGACGCCUGCAAUGAGCCGCCAUCAGCAGACGUACGCCGUCGACCGGAAUGAGCGGGCACCCGUCAUCAGCCACCCGGAGCCGGCGCCCGCCAUCAGCCGCCCGCGUCAGAGCUAUAACACAGAUGCCAGCUCCAGAUACUCUCAGUUCUCUGAAACUCACAACGUUAUCUGA